ACCAUGCCUUACACCUGCUGUCUGCCCACCUUCAGCUGCCGCUCCAGCUGCGCCUCCCGGCCCUGCGUGGCCCCCAGCUGCCACGGCUGCACCCUGCCCGGGGCCUGCAACAUCCCCGCCAACGUGGGCAACUGCGGCUGGCUGUGCGAGGGCGCCUUCAACGGCAACGAGAAGGAGACCAUGCAGUUCCUGAACGACCGCCUGGCCAGCUACCUGGAGAAGGUGCGCCAGCUGGAGCGCGAGAACGCGGAGCUGGAGGGCCGCAUCCAGGAGUACUGCCAGCAGCAGGUGCCCUACGUGUGCCCCAACUACCAGUCCUACUUCCGCACCAUCGAGGAGCUGCAGCAGAAGAUCCUGUGUGCCAAGUCCGAGAACGCCAGGCUGGUGGUGCAGAUCGACAAUGCCAAGCUGGCCUCUGACGACUUCCGGACCAAGUACGAGACAGAGAUGGGCCUGCGCCAGCUGGUGGAGUCCGACAUCAACAGCCUGCGCAGGAUCCUGGACGAGCUGACCCUGUGCAAGUCUGACCUGGAGGCCCAGGUGGAGUCCCUGAAGGAGGAGCUGCUGUGUCUCAAGCAGAACCACGAGCAGGAGGUCAACACCCUGCGUUGCCAGAUUGGCGACCGCCUCAACGUGGAGGUGGACUCAGCACCCACCGUGGACCUGAACCGCGUGCUCAACGACACCAGGAGCCAGUAUGAGGCCCUGGUGGAGACCAACCGCAGGGACGUGGAGGAGUGGUUCACCACCCAGACUGAGGAGCUCAACAAGCAGGUGGUGUCGAGCUCUGAGCAGCUGCAGACGUGCCAGGCAGAGAUCAUCGAGCUGAGACGCACGGUCAACGCCCUGGAGAUCGAGCUGCAGGCCCAGCACAACCUGAGGGACUCCCUGGAGAACACCCUGACAGAGACCGAGGCCCGCUACAGCUCCCAGCUGUCCCAGGUGCAGUGCAUGAUCACCAACGUGGAGUCCCAGCUGGCCGAGAUCAGGAGUGACCUGGAGCGGCAGAACCAGGAGUACCAGGUGCUGCUGGACGUGCGGGCCCGGCUGGAGUGCGAGAUCAACACGUACCGGGGCCUGCUGGAGAGCGAGGACUGCAAGCUCCCCUGCAACCCAUGUGCCACAACCAAUGCAUGUGAGAGGUCCUGCAUGCCCAGCCCUUGUGUCCAGCGCCCUCGGUGCGGGCCUUGCAACAGCUUUGGGUGCUAGAGGCCCUGGUGCCAGGAGGAGGUGAAGGGCUCAUAGCUCUAUUUCAGCCAAAGUUCUCCAACUCUGACCUCGCUUUAGACAAAGCAAGCAACUUCUAUGAGCACUAGCUUCCAGGUGUCAACACUAGCCUUGCAUGGAUUCCUGGGGUGGAUCCUUAGUGCCAGACUGCAAAGCCUGCUUACUCAGUGUGUGAUCUGAGUCAGAAUGAGAAAUUUACAACAGG